CGCACUAGUGCACUAUCCUUUCAUCUUGAUCCUUCUGUAAGAUCAUCAAAGUUGAAUCCAUAGCAUACCACUAUUUCCAUGUCUUCCUCAAAAGCUUCUGGUACUGUAAAGAACGCCGGCUCUUCAGCCCCUGGUGGUCCCAAAUCUCAAAUUAGACGCCGUGCUGCUGCUGAAAAAACCGCAAAAGAUUCCACCACUGGUCCUGCUGGCCCUCGCGCUGCUGGUGCAGAUGGCUCGACUCCUACCUUGUUAAAAUUGUAUUCCGACGAAGCUACUGGCUUUAAAGUUGAUCCAGUAGUUGUCAUGGUUCUUAGUGUUGGGUUUAUUGCUUCCGUCUUUGCUCUCCACAUCGUUGCUAGAGUUUUGAAAAACUUCGCCUCUGAGUAAUUCGUUUCUUGAUAAUUUAUCCAUCCAUUAAUCUUUCCUUUGGCACAGAAGCAACUCUUUAAACGAAUUUCAGAAAGUCUCUCCUAUUUACUAUUACGUAUAGAUAGUUUUGAGCGUAUCGUCCGUUUCAAUGAAGAACCUUUCAUGCAUGAAUUAUAUCCUACCUCUAGAAUGUAAUUUCAAACUAUAAACCGACUUAAAG